AUGCUGCUUCCACCGCAGCACAAGAUGCUUUUGUCUUCGCAGGCACAGCAACAGCCGCAAGACGAAGUGCAACAGCAACAGCAGCAGCAAAAGAAGCAGCAACAGCAGCAGCAACAGCAGCGGCAGCAGCAGCAACUACAGCAGAGAAAGCCACGCCGUGUGUGUGCUGGAGAGGAUGCUGCGUUCGUAGACAAUCUCCCUCUUGAAACUAAAGUGAAGAACUUCCUAAAGUGCUGCCUGCUGCUUCCCGCACGGCCUCGGCGCCUCCCGCUGCCGCUGCUGGUGAACAACCUACAACCGUUGCUGCAGCAGCAGCAGCUGCAGCAGCAGCAGCGGCACCAGGCCCCAACACUCCCAAUACUGUUGAAGGAGCAGCAGCAGCAGCAACACCAACAUAGAGACGUGCUUGCCCUCGUGUCGCGCCUCUUGCCUCCCUCUCCUCGCAGAAGGAUGCUGCAGAUCCAGCAAAACAGAAAGGACAGCCAACGGGAACUGCAGCAAACUGGCAGCAGAAGCAGCAGCAGCAGCAAUAGCAGCAGCAGAGUCAUUCAGCCGCAUUUGCAGCAGCCAGAUACGAGGCAGUGUGGGCUGAGACUCCGAACGGGGACGCCAAUGCUGCAGGAGCUGCUGCUGGCCCUACCCCCACAGCGGCAGCUACAGCCGCAGCAACACCGUGAGGGGCAGAAGGCUGUCUUGCGCCGGCAGCAGAAGCAGCAAUUGGAGCUGCAGCAGCAGCAGCGCGAGAGGCAGAACGCGGUGCUGCACUUGGGGUGGAGAGUGCUGCUGCAGCAUUUAGGAGCUCACGAAGAUAUCGGCCUUUCAGAGGUGUACAGACUGCUUCGCUGCUGCGAGCGGUUUCGAGAGACCGAUCCAGCUUUGCUGGUGCUGCUGCUGCGUCGCGCCAGGUGUACAGACGCCGAUGCUGCAGCAGUACGCUCGCUGGCGGGCAUUAUCGGUUGCCUUUCGCGCAUGCACAUUCUCACACCUGCUGCUGCAAAUGCAGCUGUUGUUGAUCAAUCUUCUGGCUCGGCUGCGGGUGCCUACGAUGCUGCUGCAGCAGCUGCAGCAGGAGCUGCAGCAGCAGCAUCGGAGAUAGCCACUGGGGCAGUGCAGAGCAGCGAACUGCCAGCUGCUGAUUGCUCGCGCAGCAGCGCUGUGCGCCUUCAUGCUGGAGGGGUAGAAGUAAUGGAGGCAGCAGCUGCUGCUGCUCCUGCUGAUUUUGUUGCUACUCCCGCUGCUCUUGCUGCUACAGUGGGUCCGCCCCAGGAUGCAAACGCGCUGCUGCGGCAGCUGCCGCCACAGCUGUGUGUCUCUUCUUUUGCUGCGGCCACCGUAUGCAGCGUCGCUGCCUCCCGGGGCUGCAGCGCAGCAGAGGCAGGAGUUCAAGUAUAUAGGCAGCUCCAGCGUGAAGCGGUGCUGCUGGUAAAACAAACUGCUGCUGCCUUACCGCUAGCCCUGCUAGAAGGGCGGGCUGGGGGACAGGAAAUCGGACUUGUUUGUGAAGGUCUUGCUGCUGCGGGGCUGAGGAACAGUCAGAUGGAGCGUUACGUGCUGCUCUGGCUGUGCCCAUCUCUUUCAAAGGCCUUGGCUGUUGAAGGAGAUCCGUUUGCUCGGGAGUUCGCCCCAUAUAUUCAGCAGCAGAGGCAAAAGCCGCUAGUACGUCUUAAUGCCCAGCAGCUGUUGUCAGUCCUCAAAUGGAUCGCCCCAACGCAUGCAGCAGCUCGCCAGCAGCAGCAGCAGCCGCCGGAGAGGAAGACACCUGUGAAUGCAUAUGCAUCCGAGGAGUUAUCAGCAGCACAAUGUGCGAAUUGUGCAGCAAAUGGUGGUUCAGAGGAUAUCCAGCCACUUGUCUGGCUGUCAGCGUGGAGGCAGUUGCUGGUGGGACUGAUGCAGUUUCUCCCGCUGCUGCAGAUACAGCAACGUCUCGCGCUGCUGCAAACGGCAGCAGCAGCAGAUGAUGAUGCAGCUUGGCGCUUAUCUCUGGUGUCUGUCCUGGAGACUGUUGCAACGGAAGGAGGUGAAGAACUGUCUCUGCAGCAGCAGGAGUUGCUGCUGGCUGCCAUUGCUGCUAGCGCCUGUGCACCAAGCGCAUGUCCAUCAUCAGCUGCGAAGCAGAAGUUGAAUGCUGUCUCAAGUAUCUGUAAAGCAUUGCCGCGGAGUCUUCUGCUUCAGCGGCACAGAGCAGCUAUAAGCGCUGCAGCAACACCAUCGACUGCAACAGCGGCAGCAGCAGCAACAGUGGCAGCACCUGCUCCGGCAGAGACCCUGUAUGGCUUGUUGCUGCACUUGCCGCGCGCUGCCCUGGGAGCAGCAGCAGAAACGGACGCAGAAGCACCACCACCAACAACAGGAGAGGAUCUCACUGCAGCUGCAGGAAGGUCACGUAAAGCAUAUGCGCGCGAGCCAGCAGCAGCUGCGCCCAGGGCGCAUCGCGCAGAAGCUGCAGCUGCACUGCAUGAAGCAUCCCGCGCCUUCGAACUCAUUUCUCACGAGGUGCUUCCGACCCUCAAGUACGUCUCGGGGGAUCAGCUACUGGCAGCUGCAGAGGGACUGCGAGGCCAGCUGCUGCUUUGGGCGGCGCAGCAGCACCAGCAGGGACGACAUAUUCCGCUGAACCACGAUGCUGCCCACAACGGGUGCUGGAAGCUACUAUUGGGCCUGGCAGCUGAAGGGGUCCGUAGAGCCGAGCACCAAGUUUUGCCGCGCAGAGCAGAGGAGUUGCUGCUGUUGCGCUGCAUUGAAGCAGCCAACGCGUGGCCAGUCCAUCUUCUAUCGUCACCACAGCAGGUGCAGCACCUCUACGAGAGCUGCAGGCGAAUACUAGAGAGUUUGCAUCGCCGCCUACUGGGGGCAUCUGUUCGUGAGGGAGCCCUAGCAGCAGCAGCAGCAGAAGCGCCGGCACCAGCAGCAACAACAACAACAGCAGCAUGUGAAGCAACACCCGCGACGGAACAUACGCAUAUUGCCUCCCUGGCUUCGCUGGCUCGGCUUGCACUGGCAGCUGCCAGGCUUGACGCUUUCAGGCAGGGCAGGUGCAGCAUCCUCACGGAAGAACAACUUCCCUCGCGCCCCCAGCUGCCACAACUUCAACAACUGCAGCAGCAAGCUGCUGCAAAACUUCUGCGAUGCGUCCGGGUGCUAUGGAAUCAACAGGCACUGCCGACGUCGUCUUUGGGAGCCGAACGACUGCCCUUGCUUGUUGCACCCCCAGCUCGUUCCGAAAAGCAAGCACAGGAGGAACUUGUGCGGCGGUGCGCACUGCAGGAGCAACAGCAGCACCUGCAGCAGCAGCUCCCUGAUGCAGCAGCAAGGGUUCUCCGCUCAUCCAGGAGCAGCGCACAGUGUGUCCGGUCAUUACUUCGAUCCUUCCACGCCGCGCAGUGGCCUUUAAACUCACAGUUUGCUGAAUCGGUCUUGAAGUUGCUGGCAACCAGAGCAGCAGCGGCAGCAGCAGCAACUGCAGCUUCGUCGGGUACGGUGGCUUCUGGGGACAUAAUGCCAGGUGCAAAAAGUGGGACUCUUGCUGCUGGAGAACCAACAAUUGUUGCAGAUUUGUCUCUAUUUGCAAGUGUACUGAGACAGCAGCUACAGGGCCAUGCAGGAGCUGAUGGGAUGCAUGGAGCACCAGCGCAGGCAGCAGCAUUACCGGGAACGGCUAGCAGCGGCCUGGCGGGUUCGUUUUUGUCUGAGUCUUCCAGGCUUCUGCAGUGUAUGGAUGGCGUGUUUGAUCUGCUUUCAAGGCUAGCGGCGCACCAGCAACAACUGCACGGGUGGGAGUAUAAGCAACAGCAAUACGAUCCUCACCCUGCUGCUGCUGCUGCUGUUGCUGCACAAACAGCGUGGGGCUGGCUUGAACUUGACCAUCUUUCCGCUCUUUUACGAGCAGCCGAGUGGCGGUUACUGCAUGCAGCAGCAAUGGCAACAGCGCAGACAGCUGGAGCAACAGCAACAGGAGCCUCUGCGGCACCAGAACGGAAGGCUGUUCCUUCAGGAGCCACAGGUUUUCAGGCAGCAACAGCAGCAACACGUCUUGGCAGGAGGCCAGCUGCUUCAAAUGCGCAAGAUCUACAACAGGACUGGGUGGCAGGGGCCCGACGUGCCCUUGAGACAGCUUGGCAGUUGCUGCUGCUAGAGGCCGCACAACCCAGCAAAAGCAGCAAGCAUAACUCUAUUGCAGGCCCUCUGCCUCUGAGGGUAUACCUGGAUUUGGAGGAAGCGUUCCACAGCUACAAGGCAGCACAAAAUCACCCGCAUGCAUUACUGCUACCAGCGUCCUUUAUUGCUGUUGCUGCUGCUUUUGCAGAGGAUAGAAGUGGGGGAAGGUGCACGCCUUCAGCAGCAGCGAGCGUUCUUGAAGCAGACGCCGUUUCCUGGUUACUGCAACGGAUGAGGGCAACAGCAGCAGCUUUUGCUGCACCAGCAGAGGUACAGAGUGGCAAGCCCACUGUUGCCAGUUUGCCUGAGCGUCCCCUGCAGCAGCAGCAGCACGCGCUGGAUAUGCCAGCCUCACAGUCGACCUUUUAUUUUUACAGACUGCUCCUCCGCGUUGCUGAUGAUGGGCAGCGUACUCCUCAGCAGCAACACAACACGCAGGAAGUGAAGCAGCAAAACCCGCAGGUGAAGCAACAGCCGCAGCAGUACCAAGGUCGGGCCAAGCACUGGCUGUCCCGUACCCCUCUAGAUUUUAACCUAUACCCGCUGCUCCAUCAUUAUGUCACCUAG